UGGAACCCUCUCUUCUUCUUCCCUUUCCAGGUAUCAUGUUCCCCUCUCUCUCCUCCCUCCCCUACCUCGUCUGUUUCCAGGUGUUGUGUACCUGGUGGGCGUGGUCAGGCCGGGUCCCGCCCCUUCUCUUCAGGUGUGUGUCUGUGGUGUCAUUGCUCUACUCCUCAUUCCAUUUCCUGCUCCUCUACUGCUACCAGCUGCCCUCCUUGCAGGAGGCGUGGCCCCCAAACCGCACCUCCGUCAGUCUGUUUGGCUUGCUGCCCCUGGUCUCCGUGAACUGUUCUGCCCCCUGGAGGAUGCAGGUGAACUCUGAGCUAAGCUGGUUUCACUUCACCAGUCCUUUGAUGCUGAUGCUGCUCUACCACACUGUGGCCACUCUGUGGAGGAACCAGCUGAUCGAUGGCGUUGGGUGGUGGGGCAUAGAGAGGGAGGAGUCAGCCAUCAGCGGGAGCUGUGACAUCAUAACUGCCACCAGCAACUUGAGCGAUGAGGUCGGCAGUGACAUCACAGCGGAGGGACGGAGAGAGUCGUGGAGGAGAGCUCACGAUCGUCCCGAGUGCCGAGGCGUAUCAUCCACCGAUGACAGUCCCUCUGACGCGUUUGCCCCGUCUACCCAGAGCAAAGUAUUUGAAUUGGAUGCUUACGCCGCGUCUCACUACUCUCUCAGCCAAUCAGACACGUUGGAGACGCGUGCGGAGGAGGAGCAGGGAGAGGAUGAAGAGGAGAGGAGGAGGACAACGAUGAGAGAAGAGGAGGAGGAGGAGAGGAGAAGGGAGGAAGAGGGAGUCAGUGCUGCGUCUAGGGCGUUCACUUUCCUCCUCAAGCAGAGUUACAUCUGUGCUCUGAUUGCCAUGAUGGCGUGGCCAAUCACAUACGUGUCCUGGCUGACGUGUGUGCUGCUGCUGUGGUCGUGCGUCCUCUGGAUGAUGCGAGAGCGUCGCCGGUACACGCUGAUGUCAUCGCCCUGGCUGGUCGCCUACGGCAACCUGCUGGUCCUCCUGCAGUAUGUCUACAGCUUCCCCCCCAUCCGAGAAGUCCCGGGACUGUUCCCGAGGAAAGAAGAUCCCUGCAGUGAGCUGGCCUCCAAGUUGUUGUGUCUCUUGACCUUCUGGUUGCUGCUGCGUCAGGCGCUAACUGAGAAGAGAGACAGACAGAGAGACAGACAGCUGUCUCACAUCACCGUCCACACGUUGGAGGAGCAGCCGAGUGCCGAUGAGGACGUGCAGGAGAAGGAGGAGGUGUCGUACGAGGAGGUGCUGCUCCUGCACACAGGAGGAGAAGGAGCGGUCAAGAUGGAGGCCCUUGUUGCCGUGGUUACCAGGAUGUUUGUCAAAUACUGGAUCUAUGUCUGCGGAACAAUGUUCUUCUUUGUUAGUUUUGAGGGAAAAAUCGUCCUCUACAAAGUCAUCUACAUGGUUAUGUUCCUCUACUGCGCCGCCCUCUACCAGUUGAACUAUGAGCGUUGGCGUGCCAUGCUCAGGGGUUUCUGGGUAGCCGUGGUGGUUUACUCCAUGUUGGUUCUCAUCCUGGUCUACACCUUCCAGUUCCCUUCGUCCCUCCACACCUGGAGCUACUACACCGGAUUAAGUACUCACAGGUUGGAGGACAUUGGUUUGGAGAAGUUCUCGGUUCCCGUUCUCUUCACCAGGAUCUUCAUCCCUGCUGCGUUCCUCUUGGUGUGCAUCGUUCACCUGCAUUACUUCCACAAGCCAUUCCUGCAGCUGACCGACCUGAAGACUGUGGUGGACACGCACAACAGCACCAUCACCAGGCUGGUCCACUCCGACGGCAGCCUGUUCGACCUGUCGGUGUGUGAAACCCCUCAACUCCUCCUGGAGGCGGAGAAGAGCCGAGGACAGAGGGAGUGUGAAGAGGAGGAGACAGAAGAGAAAUGGAUAAAAGAGGAGGAGGACUACCCCUGUGUGUUUGAGAGGGAAACCCUGUCUGAGCAUAUCAAAGUGCUGGUCUCCUGGAGGUUGGUGGUGGACCGUCUCUCUGUUUUGUUCUUGCGCCUCCUCCUCUCCUUGCAGCGCCUGCAGCACCUUCUGUGGUGGAUCCUGGAACUCCACAUAGUUAAGAUCGUCUCCUGCUACAUCAUCUGGGUCUGUGUAAAGGAGGUGUGCGUGUUUAACCUGCUGUUCGUGCUGUGUGUGGCCGUGGCUCUGCCCUACAGGGCGUGGCGCCCCCUGCUGUUAGGAGUCUGUACAGUUUGGACCUGUGUGGUGACUGUCUGUAAGAUGUUGUACCAGCUCAACAUUGUCCAGCCCUUCAGAUACUCCUCCAACUGCACCAUGCCAGGUAACUCCAGCGCCGACCUGUCUCGCUCUGUUCUGUACGCCGGUGCAGUUGACCCCGCCCAGUGGGUGGGGCUACGGAAGACUGACGGAAAACUGCUGGACUACCUGAGGCAUAACCUGAUGAUAUUAGCGCUGUUAGCCUUUGAGGUAACAGUUUACAGACACCAGGAGCUCUACCGACUCCGACGUAACGAGGUUCCGCCCGCCACCAAAACGCUGUUUCAUGACAUCACCAGGCGCCACCUGGACGACAGCGUGCUAAGCUGUGUGAAGUACUUCCUCAACUACUUCUUCUACAAGUUUGGCCUGGAGACCUGCUUCCUGUUGGCUGUGAACGUGAUUGGCCAGCGGAUGGACCUGUUCGCUGUAGGCCAUGCCUUUGGUCUCAUCAGUGUCCUAUCAAAGCGGCGCAGGAGGCACAUUGCCUCAGUGUGGCCCAAGUACUGCUACUUCCUCUCAGGGCUGCUAUGUUUCCAGUACAUUCUGUGUAUCGGGUUCCCUCCGGCCGCCUGCAAAGAUUAUCCAUGGAGACCUCCGUCCUCCAACAUGGACUCCAACGUGGUGAAGUGGCUCUUCCUGCCCGAUCACCUGACACCUCCAAACCCAAUCUUCCUCCUCUAUGACUUCUUGCUCCUCCUCGGUGCCUCUCUGCAGCUGCAGGUGUUUGAGGAAGAGCUCCGGUCGUCGGUUCAGAUCCUCGCAGGAGACAACUGUGAGCUGGACGAGGAUGACGAACAGGUUCCAGAUGCAAUCAGGCGACUCCGUCUGAACACAGGCCCUGACUUCAUGCUGUGCAGGUCUUACCUGGACAUGAUGAAGCUUAUCAUCUUCAGCUACAUGUUUUGGUUUGUCCUCACCAUCAUCUUCAUUACUGGGACUACUAGGAUCAGUAUCUUCUGUAUGGGUUACCUGGUGGCGUGUUUCUACUUCCUGUUGGUUGGCGGAAAUCUGCUGCUGAAACCAGUGAAAUCCAUCUUGGUGUACUGGGAUUUCCUAAUUGGCUACAACGUGUUCGUCAUCACUAUGAAGAACAUCCUGUCGAUCCUGGCCUGUGGUUUCAUCAAGUCGUUGGUGUCAAACCACUGCUGGCUGAUUCAGCUCUUCAGUCUGGCCUGCACCAUCAAAGGGUACACCAAACCGGAGCAGCAGAGCAGUAAGCAGUGUGAGUUGCCUAGCGACGAGGCCGGCAUCAUUUGGGACGGCGUUUGCUUCUGUUUCCUGUUGCUUCAGAGGCGGGUCUUCAGGAGUCAGUACUUCCUGUGUGUGGUCCUUGACCUACAAAAUACACAACUGCUGGCCUCCAGGGGUGCGGAGCUCUUUGAGGCGUCCACAGUGAAAGCUGUCAGAGCGAGGCUAGAGGUGGAGAAGACCUCCAUGGACCUUCUGAAGAGGCAGAUGGAACGAAUAAAAUCCCGACAGAAGAAGUUCCGCAAAGGAAAAGAGAAAUUGUUGAGUUUGACCCAAGGCAGCUUCUGCACCGAAGAUCAGGAGAAGAGGAAGGGGCGGGGCCAGAAGAAGUGGUGGAGACCCUGGGUAAACCACGCCUCCAUGGUGAGGAGCGGUGAUUACUACCUGUUUGAGACAGACAGUGAGGAGGACGAGGAGGAGGACGAGGACGAGAAGAAGAAGAAGAAAGAAAAGCUACCCGAGAAAUCAGCCUUUCAGUUUGUGUAUCACGCCUGGAUAACUGAUUCCAGAACAGCAAUGAGAGCUCGGAACAACCAGGAGAAACUCUGGAAGAGCAGGAAGGAGGAGAAGAGAGAAGCUUUAGGGAUAGAAGUGACAGAGGACACUGAGGAGGAUGGAGAAGGAGAGGAGGAGGAGAAAGCGGAGGAACCUGACACUGUGCUGCGUCGGUUCUCCGGCACCUUGCGGUUCUGUUGGGUUCUGCUGUCCGCUCUGCUGGACUCUCUGACUGCCUGGCUCAGCGGUCUGUGUCAGGAGCACAUCGACAUCUCCACCGUCCUCCGCAUCGAGCGCUGCAUGCUGACGCAGCAGGCCAAGCAGGGUAACGUUCCCACCAGAGAGGCGAUCCACGUCUACUACCAAGAGCAGAUGAUGAGAGCCUCCAGAGAGUCAGGCCUGAACGACAGUUCCCAUGAGGCCGAGCGGCAGGCCUCGGCAGAGAGAAGAUGGGAGGAAGAAGAGUCGGUGAGUUCUGAUGCUGAUGAGAGUAGUCCACAAAAACCCAAUCCAUCAAGACCACCAUCGGGAGGAGCUCCACUUCCUCUACCAGAACAACAAUCAGGCAAAGAUGAUUCAGGUGAACCAUGUUCAGGACUUGAACCAGACAGAGUAACAGCAGCAUCAUUGGAAGAUGACCCAGAAGGCCUGGUGAAUAGAAUCCGUCAAAGACGGCGACCCAAACUGACCCGGAUGGAGAGAGUUGGAGCUUCAUCGUCCUCCUCAUCUUCAGAGGACGAUGGUGACGAGCAGAUGAGAGCUGAAGAAUCAAAGCCGAUUCAGACCAGCGCCUCCUCCCCUACCCCCCUCUCCUCCCUCCUCCUCCCCCCCUCCUACAGCCUCGCUCUGGGCCUGGAGCUGCAGGUGGAGGAAGAGGCCGAGGAAGGAUUCGGGAAGCGCUUUCACCAGAGUGACAUCCUGUCCGACUCGGCCUCCACUUCCUGUCCAGCGGCGUCUCGCGCUCAGGAGCUGACGGCCAGCGAGCUGCUGCGGAGCAGGACCUUCUAUGACCAGGAGCUGGAGGCGUCAGACCGUUUCUACAGUGACCAGCCCCAGCUGCUCCAGCUGUGCUACGCUCUCUACAAUAUCCUGGCGGCCAGGUCGGAAACCGUGUGCUACCUGGUCAUCGUGCUGAACCACAUGGUGUCGGCCAGCUGUCUGACCUUGGUACUUCCUGUUCUGGUCUUCUUGUGGGCCACACUGUCCGUCCCUCGACCCAGCAAGACCUUCUGGAUGACGGCCAUCAUCUACACCGAGGUCACCAUCGUCAUCAAGUUCUUCCAGUUUGGUUUCUUUUCGUUCAACCAGAAGCUGGAGGUAGAUCGCUCCAAACCGUUUCACCCUCCAAACAUCCUUGGGGUGGAGAAGAAAGAGGGCUACGUCCUGUAUGACCUCCUACAGCUUCUUGCUUUGUUCCACCACAGAGCCAUACUCAAGUGCCACGGACUUUGGGACCAGACUAUCACCAUGGAGGCCGACGCCAUCCAUCCUCACGGCAACCGAGCCGACUCCUUCCACGGCUUUGCCUACAUCGAUCCGACCGAGCGCACCACGCAGCGCCGAGGGCGGAAACGGACGACCUCCAGUUCCACCCAGCAGCGCUCUCCUGCAGGGAGCGAGACUUCCAGAGCUCAGCGGCCCGGCAGGUUGGAUCUGCUGCUGGAGAAACUCCGAGAGCUUUCCAUCAGAGCCAAGAAGGUCUCCGUCAGCAGGUGUUUGUCUCUUUACCGUCCCGUCCUUCACUUCUUCAGAGCUCUCAUCCAACCAGAAUACAGCGCCGUCACCGAUGUUUACGUCCUCAUGUUCCUCGCCGACACCGUCGACUUCAUCAUCAUCGUCUUCGGCUUUUGGGCCUUCGGAAAACACUCUGCGGCUGCUGACAUCACUUCCUCCCUCUCAGAAGACCAAGUUCCUGAAGCGUUCUUGGUGAUGGUUCUGAUCCAAUUUGGCACCAUGGUGAUAGACCGGGCUCUGUAUUUGAGGAAGACCGUUUUGGGGAAACUAGUCUUCCAGGUGAUUUUGGUUUUUGGGAUUCACUUCUGGAUGUUCUUCAUCUUGCCGACGGUCACUGAGAGGCGGUUCAACCAGAACCUGGUGGCUCAGCUCUGGUACUUUGUUA